AUGGCGUCUGAAGCUCAUUUGCGCGCGCAGUAUGAGCUGCUGAUGAAGGAGAACAAGCUGCUGAAGACGAGCGUGGACAAAUUGGACCGCGAGAACCACGAUCUCAAGCGCUCAGUCUACGAGCUGACACUCAAACUCGAUUCCGCGCACGCGCCGUCCUCCUCGACCCGCGCUGCCGCCGCCGAGCCCUUCGCCAUCGCUGACCUCCUGGCCGCCCCUGCUGCAAACGCCGAAGCUGCCGCCGAGUCGCCCUUCCGCCGCGGACAUGGUGGGUCAGGCGCAUUACUGGGCUCCAAGGUAGACUUCUACGAUGCCGACGGGGAUGGAGAUGCCCGUGUGCUGGUGCACAAGUCGACGCUGCGGGCGCAUGGCGGCGCCGUGUACACGGCCAAGUUCUCACCUUGUGGGCGACUGCUGGCGUCCGGCGGCUUCGACUGCAAAGUGAUGCUCUGGGAUGUGACCACCAAGUUCAACCAGCCGCAGUUGGCGGCGCUCUCGAGGCACUCGCAGCUCGUCAUCGACGUAAGCUGGGCGGAGGAUAGCGCUACACUUGUGUCGGCCAGCUACGACCACACAGUCAAACUCUGGGACGCCGAGAAGAGUCAACUCGUGACGAGCAAGGAGGUGGACGGCCUUGUGCAGUGUGUGGCCUUCAAUAUGGCGGACAACAACCAAUUCUUCUUGGGCUCCAGCAAGAGCUGUCUGCACAUGGCAGACACGCGAUCCGAUGUGUGUCGCACGUGGACGAACGACGCUAUGGUGAACGCGCUCCAUGUCGCUCAUGACGGUCUUACGGUCACUACUGGUGACAGCAAGGGCAUGCUGAAGACAUGGGACGUUCGUAUGGAUGCGUGUCUAGAGGAGUUAUCGGUGCUGAAUGACCCAGCUAGACACGCAAUCUCGCACGUGCACGCAUCGCCUGCCAGUGACGGUGGCGACGACGGUCGUUUCCUUGGUGUCAAUAGCUACGACAACGUUCUACGUGUGUACGACCGCCGCUCUAAACUCAUCAGCUCCCGUAAUACGAGACGCGGUCCUGGAGGUGGCAGCGACAGUCGUGACGGCGAUCAGCUGCAGCUGGUGUGCUCUGUGUCGGGUCAUAAGAACAAGAACUGGCCGAUCAAGAGCUCGUUCUUCCGGGGCGACGGCUACAAAUACAAGCUGGCAUUGCCACCACGCGCGAGACUUGGAGGUGGUCUUGGUGGCUGUUCUGGGUCUGGAUCGCGUCGCAAACUCACGGAUGGCGAUGGAGAAGACUUCGCUGACCCGAGCGGCGAGCGCGGAUCCAUGGACUCGUCGCGCGAGACGCUGCUACUUGCUACGGGCAGUGCCGACCGUCAUAUUUACCUGCACGAGGUGACGCCGUCCAAGCAUGCAGAUAGCAGUGGAGGCAGCAAGAAUAAUGGCUCGGGCAAGCAUGCGCAGCAGACUCUUGUGCAGAAGAUCGAUGCCCACAAUGAUCGCGUGUACUGUGUGGAUUUCCAUCCAACCGAGCCUAUUCUGGCUUCUGCUUCUGCAGACUGCUCCAUUAAGAUCUGGCUGCCACGCUCUGGCUCGAGCUCCGUUACACGUCAUGCAAAGUCGAAGAACUAA